AUGGCUGCUAAAGAUCCUAUUCAAAAAGAAAAAGAAUCUCAAAAAGAACAGAUUUACUAUUCAGACACUUACAAAGAUGAAAUGUACGAAUAUCGUCAUGUUAUUUUGCCCAAGGAAAUUGCUAAGAAAGUACCUAAAGGUCGACUAUUAACAGAACAUGAAUGGCGACAUCUUGGUGUUCAACAAUCUCUCGGUUGGGUUCAUUUUAUGAUUCAUGAGCCAGAACCUCAUAUUUUGAUAUUUCGCCGUUCACUAAAAGUUAGUCAACAAGUUCAACAACAACGAGCUGCAGCAGCUGCUGUUCAUGCUCAACAACAACAGUUCAGUGCUGUACAUAUGAAAUAA